CGGGGCGAUGGCAUGCGGAAUUUGAAGCACACUUCGAAAGCAUUAUUUCGGUUUACGGGAUUGUAACGGUGGCAGGCUGAAGAAUUUUGGAUAUUGGAUAUUUGGGUUUCCAAUGUGCUUCCCGUUGUGCACAAUGUACCAGAAAUGCUUCUCAGGACCUACUGUCAAUGGUGAGGAAACUCUAGGAAUCUGAGCGUCUCUGGGGAACAUUGCACAGGGAUCCUUUCAAACUGGCUGCAGCUGGGAUGUUUGCUACUGGGAUGCUGCAGCAAAGCAGCGGUGGAACAAACAAACGAUUGCUGGGAAUGCCACGGCUACCCAACUCCCAAUUUUUCCCCCUCUCCUCGGUCUCAGGGUCGUGGGGUUUGGGCCGAUCGGCGAAGAGUGGCUCUCUGAGCUCCGUCAGCUCUGAGUCGGACAGUUUGGAGACGGCAGGGGCCGAUCCCGACUACAUCAUGCAGUUGGUCAAUGAUGUGCGGAGAUUCGCAGAUGGGCUGCUCCACCUCAAGGAGGCUUUUAACACCAAAGAACACCAGGACUGUUUACAUCAAGUGGUUCACGAGCGUCUGGGAGAGCUGUUGCGUGUACUGAAAGCCGUGAUUUCGAAACACCACUCCCUCAAUUCAGUGGAAAUCCUCAGUGCAGCAGGGACCCUCAUUGCAAAGGUCAAAGGUGUGAACUUCAAGGAAGUGAAUGAAGAUAAUAAGCAGACGCUCUUUUCUGAGAUCUACACUUCCAUAGAUACAUUGGCCUUCACAUUUGGCAAUGUAGUGUCUGACUUCCUUAUGGGAGAUGUAGAGAACGGCUCGGGGCUUUCUCAGACCCGCAGAAGCAGGUCCUUUGAAAACCUGACGGUGGAGUCUGGAGGAUGUGGACUGGAAAAAGAUGACCCACCAGGUCCCUCUCCGCCCGCGCGGCAGGAGGAGAUGGAUGGAGCUUUGCUCCGGAGUGACAGUGGGGUGGAGUCGGCCCUGCUCUAUGCCAAAGCCUGGUCAAAGUACACCAAGGAGCUCCUGGCCUGGGUGGACAAACGUCUAAAUAUGGACAUUGAGUGCGCAAAGAGCUACUCCAAGAUGGCUGAAUCUGCAAAAGCAUUGGCGACUCAACAGGAGCACAUGCCAUUCCAGGAUAUUUAUAUCUCUGCCUUCAAAAACGAUCUUGAAUAUAGCCAGUUAAUCAUGCAAACCACAGCUGCGCUCCAAUCCAACAAAUUUAUGCAGCCUUUGCAGGCUCGAAAGAAUGAACUUGACAAAUUAAGAAAGGAGGUGAAGGAACAAUGGCAAAGAGUGCAGAAAAAAAUGAAUGAAGCAGAUAGUGCACUGAAGAAGGCCAGGCUGCUGCAGGCGCAGAGGCAGGAGGAGUACGAGAAGGCCCGUUGCUCCACCAGUCGAGUCGAGGAGGAACAAAUUGGAACAACAGCAGCAAAACAACUGGAAAAGAGACGCAAACUGGAGGAGGAAGCUCUGCAAAAGGCAGAGGAAGCCCGAGAACACUACAAGCAUUGCAUCACUGAUGUUGGGGUAAAGAGAGUGGACCUAGCCAACACCAAGAGUGAGAUCCUUACUCAGAUACGAGAGCUUGUGUUUCAGUGUGACCUGACCCUGAAAGCAGUUACGGUUAACUGGUUUCAGAUGCAGCAGGCCCAGGUGGUGUCCCUUCCUGUAAACUUUCAGACACUGUGUGAGAACUCCAAAUUGUAUGAACCUGGACUAUGUUACACUGAAUUUGUGAAGAGUCUGCCCUCUGACCAGACCAGAGGGGAAUCCUUCUCUUUUGACUUCUCUGGUAUACAGAACACAGGGCUGCCCCUUUCAAAGCGAGUGAAAAGCAGUCACUCAUCCCAAGUGUCUCUCACACCUGGUGACUUUCUGAGCGCAGACGAGGUGGAAAGUCACGUCCAAGCACGCACAGGAAAGAUCUUGGAAGGUCGCUUAAACAGUAGCACAGAUAUACAAGCUCUUAGGACCCAGGGUCCAUUCCGUGCCUGGAGAACCAGCAGCGGUGGAGGCAUGUGCAGUGACUCUGAGAGCGCCGGAGGAAGCAGUGAAUCUCGCUCAAUUGACUCCCCAACAGCAAGCCCAGCUGACUUUAAGAGAAGGCUUCCUAGAACUCCAUCCACAGGCACUAUGUCUUCAGCAGAUGACCUAGAUGAGAGAGAACCGCCAUCUCCUUUCGAUAAUGGUCUGAGUGAGAUGGUUACAGAGGCAGCCAGUUCUCCCGGACCCUUCCGGAACACGCAGAUGUCUAAAGCGGCUCAGACGCACAAGCUACGAAAGCUCCGCGCCCCGUCAAAGUGCAGGGAGUGUGAUAGUCUCGUGGUAUUUCACGGUGCUGAAUGCGAGGAGUGUUCUCUUGCUUGUCAUAAGAAGUGUUUGGAGACUCUAGCCAUCCAGUGUGGGCAUAAGAAGCUACAAGGAAAACUGCAUCUGUUUGCUAUUGACUUUGCUCAAGCAGCCAAGAACAGUACUGAUGGGAUCCCCUUUAUUAUCAAAAAGUGCACCUCAGAGAUUGAAAACAGGGCUUUGAACAUCAAGGGAAUCUACCGUGUUAAUGGGGCCAAAUCAAGAGUAGAGAAGCUUUGUCAGGCUUUUGAGAACGGCAAAGACCUGGUUGAGCUUUCAGAUCUUUAUCCUCACGAUAUCAGCAAUGUCCUGAAACUCUACCUUCGCCAGCUGCCGGAGCCCCUCAUUCUGUUCCGUUACUAUAACGACUUCAUCGGUUUGGCCAAAGAGAGUCAGAGUAUCAUUGUUGAUGAAGUAGAGGCAUCAAGAGGAAGAACCAUCUCCGACUGCCCGCAGAUUAGCGUGGAGCUCAACCGGGUCCUCUUCAAAAUUAAAGACCUGCUGCGUCAGCUGCCUCCAGCCCAUUACAAAACCAUGCAGUUCCUCAUUCAGCAUUUGCAUAGAGUGUCAGAAAGGGCUGAUGAGAACAAGAUGACCGCCAGUAAUCUGGGUAUCAUUUUUGGCCCCACGCUGAUCAAACCCCGACAGACUGAUGCAGAGGUCUCUCUCUCCUCUCUGGUGGACUACCCUUACCAAGCCCUGAUCGUGGAGCUCUUGAUCCGGCAUUAUGAGAUGAUCUUUGAUACUCCACUGAGUCCUCUUCCACCCUCCUCCCCUGUGGGAGAGAGCUCGCCACUCCCCAUCAAAUCACGCUUCACAUCUCAGGAGAAGGAACGACUGCUUAGCCGACAUUCAAAGUCCCUGGUGGGCAUUAAAGAGCAGCAACAGCCAAAGGCUAGGGCGUAUAAAAGACAUUCCUCUGUAAUACCUUCCAUACACCUUGUGGAUGAGGUGAAAGAGGGGAAAAUAAGGUCUGACAGAGAUUUUGCAGCAGUUGGAGAUGUUGAUGCAGAAGACCUCAACAGGCUCCUGUCAACAAGUGUCCCUGAAAUGCGGAACUCGCCUGGCCUCACUCGCCGCAACCAUGUCUCCAGAGUUCAGCUGCGUCCUCUGAGAUCAAAGCUGGGCUCUCGACCAAUCAGCAUGCCAGCUGAGCAGCUCCUCAGCCUAGCCAAGGUGGACGAGUGUAACGUGAAGAACUCCAUAGAGCAGGAAGACAACCACAGUCGUGAUCCCGUCAUCGAGGUGGUAUCUGAAGAGGAGAAACCCAAGUCCAGAGCAGUCAGUCGUUAUAGAAAAUCCUACAUCGAUACACAGACACUGCGAAGAACUUGGGACAAGCAAUAUAAGCACCAUGAAAUCACACCUAAGACUUUUGUGAUCACGGCCAGUUCUUCCGUUGACUCCGGAGCCAGUGAUGCCAACAUUCUCUCUUCUUCUGUUACUUCAUCGUCUUUCUCGGAACACACCAAAACCACUAACACCAUCCAUGCUAACAGUUCCUACACAAUUGCUGUUAGGCCUGGACGAACUUUACGCAGGGAAGGAAAUGUUAGUGAGUACUGCCCUGUUCCCACUGCUUUCAGGGCACCAAGGACUCUGCAACCUCCUCCUGGAACAUUUUACAAACCUCCAGGAAGUAAAACCAAAACAUUGGCAGAGGUUGAGCUAAAGACUAGCAGAGCAACAGCUAACAGCACUGAGGAGGAAGAGGAGAACGAUGAUGAUGAGGAAGAAGGGUUCGGUGUGGAAGUCUCAGUUGAUGAGCCUGAUCUGGACCCAGAACCUUCUCAAGAGCCUGAAGCCCAGAAUACAUGCCCAGUCCCCCAGUCUCCCAGCUCCAGUCUGGACGAACUUGUGCAAAAUGAGACCAAACCCGUAUACCAGAGACUUCGGUCCCGGCAUAUGCAGGAUCUUGAACAUAGGGAGGCUCAUUUUGUCUGAGAUCUGGACUUGUACACUUGCUUAGGUGGAUAUGUAUGUUUCCAUAACUGUGAAGAGAUCCCAAGGAAGCAUUAUAUAGGAUAUAUCUUUAUAUUAAUAUAUUCUGCAUAUGUUGUUUUUAAUAAUCAAGCAAACCCUUGGACAGGAAUUUACACAGUAUGCACUUAAACUAAAAUGUUUUUUAGUUUAUCACGUAACUUAUGCACCAAUGCAAGGACAAAACAAUAUCACUGCCACUGUGCAAUUUCAUUCAUGCUGUAUAUGGCUUUCCUUAAAGGGGAAAUGUUUUUAUGUUGAAAUACUUUAUCCAAUUCCAGCUUUUUAUGUAGAGACAACUAUAAGAAAGCCAUUCACAUGUUGAUUCCUCUAAAAAGUGUAAACACAGUGGCUCUGUGGUGCCAUGAAAACAUUGCUCUGUUUUUUUGAGCAUUCUGAUUAGUCCAACACCGCAACAUUGGCUAAACCAAUGGCAUGAAUUUGGGGUAGGACUAUCUGUUUGACUGUGAAACCUGCUUGAAAACAGUCAUUAUUUUAACAAAUUCUGUUUUAUGGUGCAGAAAUUAUACACUUCACCUUCCUUGUUUUAAUGUAUUCUUUAUAUUUAUGUAUUUUAUGUUUUACACAACAAAACCAAAUCGACCAAGCUGUUACUGUUUUGAGUAUUGUCACUUUAUUAUAAUCAUAAAAUGCACUUAUUAGACUUAAUGGAACCACAUGUUUGUUGCUACUGAAAUGUUGAUUUACAUACAGUGUUACUUUUGUUAUUCAAGAACUACAGACAGUUCUGACCUGUUUGUGUAAGAAAUCCAAAUACCAGCUGUUAUGUACACAUGUUAAAAAGUGCAGACAUGUUUUAUUAUUGUGUUUUGUUUAUAAUUUUUUACACAGGAAAUGUUUGUAUUAUGGAAUUAUUGUUCAUUGGUUUGCUAACAGAAAGCUCUCAGAGAUGCAUUUUGACUCCCAUUUAUAUGUGUGUUUUCAUAUACUAUUGUAUCAGUAUCCAAAGUUUUUUUUCUCUUUUCUUUUUCUGAUAGUCCAGAUAAAGUUUUGCAAUUUCUGAAAUGUCAAUAUACCUAUAACAUCCAAAUCAAGCCAAAGUAAGUGCCUUCAUUUAUGAGAGUCCACUGGCUGGUUCUCCAACACAAAUUAGCCCUGGUGUUAAUAGCAUUUUCAAUGGGAGUUUAUUUAAUUUGCUAUCUAAUCCAGACUAAGGCUUAAUUAGUGUCAUUUGUAAAUGGGACCCAUGUAUCUAACUGAAUUUUAAGUGAUUUUAAACAGCAUUUUCAAGAUGUCUUACCUUCCCUGAAGUGUAUGAACAGGUACAUGUGACAAUACACAAUUGUAACUUAUUAAAACCAGAGUUGAUGUCA